AUGGUCAACCUCGUUAGGCUAUCUAAAUUAAUCAAUCGUCCUUUAUUACAGGCUACUAUUCUGUUUGUAAUAAUCCUCUUCCUCUUCUGGGCGCUACCGCGCCCGUCAUAUACGGGAGAGAGCGCAAGUGCGUCCGGGGCGGCCCGCGGCGAUCUAGACGCGGUGAAAAAUGAGACUCUUGGGUUUGAGAGGGUCUUCUUCAUCAACCUACCGAACAGACCGGACAAGCGCGAUUAUGUAACACUGGCUUCCUCUAUCGUACAGUUUCAUCCGGAGCCCAUAGACGGGGUGUUUGUGGAGGAUAUUGACAAAAAGGCAUAUCCUUCAAAUUGGGACCCUGGCUAUCUACCAGGUGAGUUGGGGGGCUGGCGGGCACAUAUGAAUGUCAUGCAAAGAAUAGUGCAGGACCGGAUCUCGACCGCAUUUAUCCUUGAAGACGACGCGGACUGGGAUGUCAACUUGAAGAAACAACUUCAAAGAUUUGCAUCCGCUUCGCAGUUGGUGCAAGGUGAUACCAAACCCUCACAUUCACCCUAUGGUGAUUCCUGGGACCUGCUCUGGAUAGGGCACUGUGGGAUAAAAUUCAGGGCUGGUCCAAUCCACGUGACAACUGAUGAUAUCACGGUCGUUCCUAUCCCAGAGCUACCCCCGUACUGGCGCGACCCUCCCGUGGGAGCUGGCAAUAGCACCCGCUUUGUGGCACAAGCAGAGGAGGGAGUAUGUUCUCUUGGAUACGCAGUUACCUAUUUUGGAGCCCAAAAGAUUCUUUCGGCUCUUUCAUUGACACCGGCGGGUGGCGGUGCUCAGCUCGACGUGGCACUUAGUCGGUACUGCCAAAAAGGCUGGCUGAGAUGUAUUGCUCCCUUUCCAUCAUUAAUUGGACUCUGGAAGGCGGCUGGGCCAAAGGCGAGGGGAUCGGAUAUUCACAAUGACGAUGGUUGGGUUGAAAAGGAGACCUCAGUGGGAUCUAUAUACAGUACUAUGUACAACGCUGGCCGCUUGUUGGCUGGUGAACGUACAGUACAUGCAGUAUCAGACGACGCUCUACCUCAUGAAAUAGACCCUACACAGUUGGAGCUACCGGAAGGGGCGUUGAAGACGCUUGACAAUACCGGAAUACAUGAGCUUAUGGUAGGGGGUGUAUGA